GGUCAAUCGUUCAACCUCGGGCAUUUCCGUAUUCUCCGGUAAAUACGCCCCGGCAAUCGUGCAACAUUGGGCAUUUCCGUAUUCUCCGGUAAAUACGCAAUCGUGCAACAUUGGGCAUUUCCGUAUUCUCCGGUAAAUACGCCUAUUGCGUAGCAUAAAGACCGAGGUGAUCAGAUUGGACCUAGGUUUGCAUAUACUCUGUUUUGAUUGGACGAGUUCGCAGUGCGCGCGAGGAUCACGGAAUCCACGUGUACAGUUUAUGAAUGGAGGCUACUACCGUAAAUUGUAAUAACAAAAUAAGUUCGAAAGUACAUUUUCCUUAUGCUGAUAUAAAAAUUGGAUUAAGAUUUCGGAAUGCGUGGACUUACACGAAGAAAGAUGAAUACAUUACAGCACGGCACGUUUACACAUUUGUCACAGAAGUAGAUCACGUUCCCCACGUGAUCCUAGGCUAUUUCACCAUAUCUAUAUAAAACAAUUAACGAAUUUAGGAUUUUUAUUCUGCCAAAAAAGGUUUAUGUCUUAAUAGUUUACAAAAAUGUAUUUCAGUGUAUUAGAAGUAGAAAUUAUUUUGUUACGUUUAUUCCUGCAAGCUGGAGUUUGUUUAAGCGGUAUGUGUUCAAGAGGAGAAUGUGAAUGUUCGGAUAAAACAAUGGUGUGCAAGCAAGGAGAGAUGCCAAAACAUCUGCCUCUUGAAAUAAGAGAACUAUUUAUUGAACGCUUCAAUUUUGAUACUUUCAAUGGCAACCAACGCACAAAUGGAUCUAUGAUACAGAAGCUUGACAUUACUGCAGACCGAGGGACAUCUAUAACUUCAAAAAAAUUUGAGCAGUUUUCAAAUUUAACGUACUUAGGAUUACAUGGAAAAGAGCUACGGUCAAUAAACCAAGAUAUUUUUCAUGGACUCACGAAUCUUUUGAUAUUGAAUUUGUCGUCCAACCCUUUUCUUAACUUUAAAUACAUUAGUACAGCUUUAAACGCAGAAACUGAAUCGGUUUUGCCGAGUCUGACAUCAUUAAGCGUAUCAAAAGUGCAGAUGUCUGUGGCACGAACAGCCUACCUUGACGAGUAUUUCUUCAGAUCUAUUGCAAGUGGCAGACAUCUUAAAUACUUGGACGUAUCUGAUCUAAAUAUAGCGAGUUUAAACUUCAGCCAUUUUAAGCCGUUGUGUAAUUCAUUAAACUCGUUGGAUAUCAGUAAUUCGGUUGUUGGGCAUACUGAUAAUAUCCACACUGUGGGUGCUUGUGCAAGUCUAAGAACGGUUGAUAUGAGCGGACUUGUCAUACCAGCUUUGAGGUUCAAUUUUUCAUUCAAAGUCUUAAAUGCUAGUUGCAUUUCUCUGAAAUUUUUGUUUCCCGUAGAAACAUUGAUCGUAAACGGUGUAAAUACAGGAUUUGGAGUAAGGCAAGGUCAAUAUUUUCUAAACAUGUCCAUGUGUCCACUGCAUAUUCGAAAAGUGUCUAUUGCAGGAAAUAAGAUACAAUGGAUAAAUAUGACUGUGAAGUUACAUGAAGCAACAGAACGUUCAUUAUCUGAAUUAAAUGUUUCAAAUAAUGGUUUGGAAUACCUGUCUCCUUUAACUCUGAAGCCGUCAGAAAACGUCCGCAUUCUUGAUCUCUCCAACAACAAAUUAAGUGUAAUGCAAGAAAAGUAUACAGAGGACUUUGAAAAAUUAUUUUGGGCUCAAACAAAAUUGCAUUACCUUAACCUCUCCCAUAACAGUUUAAGUAAAAUACCUAUGCAAACAUUCUCACAAAACAAACAUUUGAAAGUUUUAGAUAUUUCAUAUAAUAAUAUAGAAAGUUUAUAUUUUGUAGUAAAGCAAUUAGUAAACAUUGAAAAACUGAUUGUCAGUCACAAUAGGAUUUACACGAUUGAAUACGAUUUCCGAAUGGAUUUGCAAAUGUUUUUAUCAAGAACUUCUAAUUACACUGCCGACGGCAACGACAUAUUCUAUGUGUAUCUGGAGGGAAAUCCGUUUGAAUGUACAUGCGACAAAGGGAAUAUGAGAUUUCUGGAAUGGAUUCAUGCUACCAACGUUAUAGAUGAAAAUGAAACAUUAACAUGUAUUCUAGACGAAAACCUCGUAGACGUUAGAGGAACCGGUCUAGCUGAAACUAAACACUUCUGCAGAAUGCAAACACUCCAGAAGGUUGCUUUGAUAUCUACACCCCUUGUGUCUGCAGCAGUUAUAAUAUGUAUCAUAUUUGUUUUUCUCAUUAAAAGACGUCAUAGAAGAAAAUUAAUUAUUCGUGAAGUUAUUGCCAAAAUUGAGAUGGGAAUCUUCCCCUUACAACAUCUAGCAUUUUUGUCGCACUGCAGCGAAGACACAACCCUUGUAAUGAGAAAAAUUUAUCCAGAACUGUGUGAACACGUAUCAGAAAUAACUCGUUCAAAUGAGGAAUUGGUGUGUAUAGGCGAUAAACAUUUUCGACCUGGAUUUGCUCUUCGUGAGGAAGUAAUGCGCUGCGUGGAAAACUCGUCGGUAUUUGUGGCAAUUAUUUCGAGAAAUUUCUGUCGAAAAGCAUGGUGUAAUUUGGAGAUUGGAGAGGCGUAUGAUCAGAAUAAGCCAAUUAUAAUGCUCAUGACUGAACAUGUUGAAAAAGAAUUGAUGGACUAUUCUCUACAGAAAAUGUUUGAUCGCUACGCUCAUGCGACAUGGAUACCAGAUGACAAUGGUGGUCAUAUUGAACCAAAAUGGAAAAUAUUCUGCAACUCAAUAAUACAGUUAGCAGGAAAAUCAACUGAAAAACAUGUUAAAGCUCCUGCCGAAAAAAUUGUCUAAUAAAUUCUACAUAUCGGAGUUUAACUGCAUCAUUGAAACUGUAUUUUCAUAUGGAAGGAUUAUGUAACCUUAAUAUCGUAUCGGACUUAUUUGUACAAAAGAUCAUGAAUUUACUAACCCCUUAUCUAAGUAAAACUUUCCCAUUUAUAAAUAUACCUAUUCAUAGUGAUGCGUAUAUAUUUUUAAAGGUUUCAGAAGAGCUUCUGUCUCCAAUGUGUAAUUUAAAUAUCUGUUGCUGGGUCACAUUGAAUACUAUGUUGGGUUUUUGCUAUGGUGUAGCGCCGGCCUCCUCUUAAACUAAAUGUUCGAAUUGAAUUAAGAAGGAUUCUUAGUGUUAUAUAUGGAAUAUAUGGUAAAUUUGGUUUCGAUAUCUCCUGAAAAUCGCUUUCAGUUGGGUAGCAAUAGGUUUUUGAUAAAAUGUGAAAAUGAGUUUGACAUGGUUUUAUAUUUACAUCAUAAGCCAACUUAAUGCUCUCCAUGAUACUGUUGGUUAUAGAACACUGUCUUACAUUCUGGCUUAGAAAUAAUUUUGCUAUGCGUGAAUACCUGUAUGAAAUUUUACAGCAGUAAAAUACUUGUAUUUUUGUUCAAAAUAUUUCCAAUUUAUACCUGCAAGACUAAGCUAAGUUAUGAACCGAUAUAGAUUUUUAAUAAUUUUCCGUCUCGGAACCGCGAGUUGCUGUAAAAUGCUCCAAAUAGCAUAUUUUGACAUGAUAUUUUCAUCUUAAAUAUGUUGUGAAUACAUUUUGUUUUAACAUUUAUGCAAAGUAAGUUGAAAACAUGUUCAGUUGUUUAUAUUGUUCUACUUUUUUCUUAAAUGGCUAGAGCUGACCAAUAAAAAUUAUUUAUUAAAAUACCUUAUAGUUGCAUUUCAUUGUCAUUGCCUUUACUAAGUGUUUUAAGUUUACUUUUAGUUUUAAUUGCAAAGCUUUCGUUCCCUUGUGUCAUUUCUGAGUAAUUUCUUUGAAAUUUAAUUUUGGUGCUAUAAAAUCAUCUUUUGAACUUUUAAAUAUAUAAUAAGAACAUAGUUUUUCCAGUGCUCAUGUUUUUUUUUUACCUUUAUUCACUUUUUUGCAAUUGGGGAAGACAGUUUUGAAUAUUUUGGAAAAUGUCAUUGACCAUCAGAUAUGGAUCACUGUUAGUUUACACUUCGGCUUAAAUAUUUCUUCCUGUAGGCCUAUUUGAAAUUUUCUGAAGAUCAAAUGCCAGUUUUAAGAACUUUGCACUUAUUUUGUUAGAGAAUAAACGUUUAGAAGUUUGAUGAUAAAUUUUAUUUUGCCACAGAAGUUUUCAUGCGACUUUAUUUGUGACAUAUUCAUGCAAAAAUUAUGGAAAAUUUUGUCAAUAUUGACACUAUAAAUUGCAUUGCAGAAGUUAUGCAUUAAUUAGAUUUUGAUUUUCUUUUGUGACUGAAGAUGUUAUUUGAUAGACCUAUUAGAAUUAGGUUCUGUAGUAAAUUAAAAUGUUGUAUUUUUGAAUGAGACAUUAGAAUAAAUUCCGUCUUGAUUAUUAGCGUGGCAUAUGUCAUUUUUUUCGUGUUUUUAAGAUUAAACAUAUUCAUUUAACACUUAUAAUACAGUACUAAGUAUCAUAAAAACUUUAUAAUAGCCAAGAAAGUGGUUUUAAGAUUUAUUCUGACUUUAAGGUCUAACAAUCAACCUAAGAACCCGAAUGUAUAAAGCCACUUGUAUCAAGCUUCUUGUGGUCACAUUUGAAAAUGACGUUGUAAAACACAUAUUCUAACACGAUCCGAAUCAUUUUCCUGUUAAACAAAGAAGGCAGAAAACCGUGAAUUAUUAUACAACAAAUCACUGCUCUGACAUCACAAUUAUUACGUCAUGGCAUCAAACGGCAUAGCGGCGCGCUGGAAAAGAAACCGAUUGAAAACGGGCAAAUAUUUAAUGAAUGUCGUCAAGGAUGUACUUAAAAUCCUUGGUAACGUGUUAGAAUCGAAAUAAUAUAUCUCAUUCAGUGAUUUGCUCUUGAAUAAAUCAUUGUUUGUCGUUCAGAUGCGUAUUAUUAUAUCACUCGGGCUGCGCCCUCGUGAUAUAAUUCCUUCGCAUGUGAACUCCAAACAAUGAUUUAUUCAACGACAAAUCACUGGAUGAGAUAUAUUAUUUCUUAAGUUAACCGAACUCGCCCUUUUCAGUUUGAGGUGGACCAGGUUUACGUCACGAAAAGGGUAAAUGGUUAUGCAUGUAUGUGGCAUUUUCUGCCAAUCAAUAUUUUCAAAGAAAAUAUAUUGUCAACUGUACUGUAUUUUUUCUUAAUCCACCCUGCUCUUCACAAAUGAUAUUAUAUCUUUC